AGCUUACAACUAUCAAACCCGAAUCCUUUUCAUGCAUCUCUAUUUCUGAAUUCUGAUCCCGCCGGCUCAAAAACCCUAAAAUUUGGGGGUUUAGGAUUUUACACAGAAGCAUCGAAAGAAGAAAUUUUGAAGAAGAUGAAGGUGGUUGCUUUAGUUAGUGGCGGCAAAGACAGCUGCUUUACUAUGAUGCGAUGCAUCGAUUACGGUCAUGAGAUUGUUGCAUUGGCUAAUUUGUUGCCUCUUGAUGAUUCUGUUGAUGAAUUGGACAGCUACAUGUAUCAAACUGUUGGGCAUCAACUUGUGGUUAGCUAUGCAGAAUGCAUGGGGUUGCCUUUGUUCCGGAGGCGGAUAAGGGGUUCCACAAGGCAUCAAGAUCUUAGCUAUAAAGUAACCCCUGGAGAUGAAGUUGAAGAUAUGUUUAUUUUGCUAAAUGAAGUUAAGCGGCAAAUUCCAUCUGUAGCAGCGGUAUCUUCUGGUGCCAUUGCAUCUGACUAUCAAAGGCUUAGAGUGGAGAGUGUCUGUGCUAGGUUGGGUCUUGUUUCUCUGGCUUAUUUAUGGAAACAAGAUCAAACUUUCCUCCUUGAAGAAAUGAUACAAAGGGGUAUAAUUGCUAUUACUAUAAAGGUUGCAGCUAUGGGUCUGAAUCCUUCAAGACACCUAGGGAAGGAACUCUCACAUCUGCAACCUUAUCUGCUUCAAAUGAAAGAGCUUUAUGGAAUAAACGUAUGUGGUGAAGGAGGAGAAUAUGAAACACUAACUCUUGAUUGUCCUCUCUUUACAAAUGCACGAAUUGUUCUUGACAAGUUUCACGUAAUACUGCACUCACCUGAUUCCAUUGCGCCAGUUGGUGUUCUUCAUCCCCUGGCCUUCCAUCUGGAACACAAAAGCUCCAUCUCAUCACUGAGUAGCAGUAACGCAAACAUUUAUGAUGGUUUAGAGAAAUUGGACCAUAUUUAUGAAGUACAAGGAGAUGGUUUACAAAGUUGUUUGGUCAAAUGCCAGCCUAUGAGUUUAGCAGGAAAUUCUGACAUGGCUAAUAAAUCAAGUUUGUGCAUCUCAACAUUUGAAAGGGACACAUUUUCUGUUGGUUGUUGGAGUCAGAGCUCUUCCAAGAGUUCGGAAGGUUUGUGGGAGGACCUAACUACAGUGCUGAGGAGAAUUGAGUCACAACUCAGCAAGGAUGGAUUUGAUUGGGCCAAUGUUCUAUACAUUCACCUCUAUAUAUCUGAUAUGAAGCAAUUUGCUCUGGCCAAUGAAGUUUAUGUAAGGUUCAUUACAGAAAAGAAGUGCCACUUGGGUGUUCCAUCACGCAGUACAGUUGAACUUCCUCUGCAUCAAGCUAGGCUGGGUAAUGCAUAUGUUGAAGUUUUAGUGGCUAAUGACCAAAGCAAGAGAGUUCUGCAUGUACAAAGCAUAUCGUGCUGGGCACCUAGUUGCAUUGGACCAUAUAGUCAGGCUACUCUGCAUAAAGAAGUUCUCUAUAUGGCUGGGCAACUAGGUCUGGAUCCCCCCACAAUGACGCUUUGCGCUGGAGGUGCAGUUGCUGAAAUGGAAAAGGCACUGGAAAAUUCUGAGGCAGUGGCUAACUGCUUCAAUAGCUCUAUCAGUUCCUCUGCAAUUAUUUUUGUUAUUUAUUGUUCUGCAUCUCUUUCUUCUUCUGAGAAAAUUAAAUUACAGAGCAUAAUUGAUCAUUUCCUCAGAGAAAGAGCCUCUAAUCCCCAGAAGGAAAGCUUGUUAAUAGAAUCCAAUCCCAUUUUCCUAUAUGUUCUUUCUCCCGGUCUCCCAAAAGGAGCACUUGUUGAAGUAAAACCUGUACUCUAUGUCCCAGAGAAUAGAGAAGAUGAAGAUAAUUUAAUUCUCCCACCAACAGUUUGCACAGAAAUACCAAAUUAUUGGGGCUUUGAGUACUCCAACAUUCGUGAUCUUUGCUGCCAGAUAUAUACCAUCCGUGGGAAGGCAUGUACUGCUUUGAUUUCUAUUACAAAAGAGAUAGCUGCAAGCAUUUGUUUUGAAGCUGAUCAGAGCAUAGAGAGUUUUCAAUGCUAUGGCUCUGAAAUUCACAUGAAAUCAAUUGCAAAACUCUGUAUCUAUCUUCUUGAUGGUAUUCUUGUCGAGAAGAACUUUUCAUGGAGAGAGAUAAUUCACCUGAGGCUUUAUUUUGCGUGGGAGCUUUCAGUUACUGCAGAUGUCUUGUCUCACAUAUUCUCUGAGAUACUCAAUGAAUUCAGAGAGUUAACGGGGAGAAUUGAUAUGAAUAAGGAGCCAAUUUUUAGCAUUAUACCGGUGUUAGGCUCAGGAAGAUCAGCGUCGAUGGAGGACAUAGUAACAUGUGAGUUAUUCGCAACGAAGUCAUGAAGUUUGGAACGCUAGGUGUGUGUUAUAGUCGACGUUGAUUGAUCAUUUUCAAUGUCUCUACUUCAAAACCGAACAUGAAACAUUCAUUUCAUGAUAGGAAGUUUUCACGAGGUGAAUCGGUGUUUUGUUUGCGUUAUUUGUUGAUGGUAAUAUACAGUAUGAAUGCAAGUAUAUUAUGCUUCCACAAGCGAUGGAAGUGGCUCGGUCACAAAUAUGAAGUAUCA